AUGCUAAGAAAUGCUCGAUAUACAGCUUUAAGAACUAUCAAGACGCUACAUACACCGAUAUAUGAUGGAUCAGAUUUGAAGACCCGACAAAACUUGCUCCAUCACAUUGCUUUACUGGAAAAAGUGCUUCUGUCUGCAUCUUAUGACAGAUCAAUGCUAUACUCUGGAAAAUAUAAAAGACUUCCGCAGAUUAUAUCCGGAAACGAUACGGUAAAUGUCAACUAUGUUAUGAAGGAAUUUCUAACGUCAGUACAAUUAGCAGAGGCAGAAAAUCCCAACGUUCAGCGAAACCCAGCAACCAAACUGGGCAAGAUUGGUCUUCAAAUGUUUAUGGAUUGCCACCAAGACAACAUAACAGCGCUCGGGACUAGUCUUACAAAUGGACUUUUUGAGCGAUACAAUAGGAACCCAACCCAGGAAAUGGCGCAAGGAAUCGAAUUAGCACUAACAAAAGUACGAACAUUUCUGCAGGAUAACCGUAUAUUAGUGCAAGAACCGCACGAGAUUGACCAGUUAGUCGAGAAGAUUUGCUCCCAUAACCAAAAAAAUGCUGCGGCUAUUAAAAAAGUCUUGUCACAACUCGAUUACAACCUGGUUUCAGACGACGUAGUCCGCGUCACCCGCGGAAGAAGAACAGAUGACGAAACCGAAGUCUCAAAAGGUUGGAAAUACCCUACAGGUAUUAUAGAUUCGAAUGAAGCAUAUUUGAGAUCUUUACAAAUUCCCAAAAACAAUUUGGUCAGUGUAAAUAGCCCGAUGUUAGUCCUAGUGCACGACGGCACUUUGAAAGAUGCCAAUAACGUUCUUCCGGCUUUGCAUUACGCAGCAAAACAAAAAAAGUCCUUGUUUAUCAUCGUUAAUGGAGAAUGCAAAGGCGAUGCGCUUGCUGCUAUAACCAUCAACAACAAUAAAAAUAAAAGACAAAAUGUCGACUCACAAGCAAUCAUUGCCAAAUAUUCUGCUCGCGACCAUAACGGGUUGACUUUGCAAGAAAAUGUGGAUUUUUUAAAAUUUUUGAAAUUACCACAAGGUUUGGGAAGUGUUUACUCACCGGAUUUCAGCGAAUACGUACCAAGCUCUGCGUCUGCUGCUCAGUUUUUCGGAUCUUUAGAAUCGCUCAAAGCCACCACUGGUGAAGCGUUUUUGUACAAUUCGGGGACCAAUAUUCAAAACGCAGCUAUGCGCACAACGGUGACUUUACUAGUAGGAGGUCAAAGCGAAUUUGAGAUCGAUCAUAGAAGAGCGGAACUGGAUCACAUUAUCAAUAACGUGUUGUGCCACGGUAUGGCACAAGGAUGGAUUCCUGGUCACGGAAUAGCGUUGGCCAAAAGCAUCAAACCGCUAGAAAACGUCUCAAAACAAGACCCGUUUUUUUUAGGCAUCGAAGCUGUGGUUGCAAACCUUACCACGACCAUGGAAAACGCAUUGAACAAUUUGUACGGGGCUCAUAAAUACCAAGCGGCGAAACUCAUCGCAGAGACCAUAUUCGAUCCGGAGUUCACAACUGCGUUUCUACCACAUAGAUGCUCUGUGGUCGACCGAGGAGUUCUGGAACCUUGGAACAAAGUCGACCAGACGCUCGGUGGAGUGAUGACUUUUAUCAAGCUGAUAACGACCUGCGACGUGCUUGUAACAAGAUUCUUUGACAAGCCACGGAAGGACUAG